CCCCCUGGGACCGAGCUACCUGCAGUGUGUUUGAGUUUUUUUUUUCUUCUAUGCUGUGUGGAAAGGUAAACCUGUUGCCUCGCCGACCGCCGUGUACUCAACUGCUAUCCAAGAUGUUGCUUUGUGGAUGGGAUGGCUUCCGGUGCCGUCGGUGUGCGCACUCAUAGCCCCCCGUCGAAGUGUUUCCCUCUCGAGUGAUUUUGUAGCUCUUCUUAGCCGGGAAGAUGCAUGUGUCUCUGGCAGAAGCCUUGGAGGUUCGAGGAGGUCCUCUCCAGGAGGAGGAGGUCUGGGCAGUGCUCAGUCAGAGUGCAGAGAGCCUCCAGGAACUUUUCCACAAAGACCCUUCAGCCAUGGGCUUCAUUAUCUCUCCCUGGUCCCUCCUCCUCAUGCCCUCUGGGAACAUCUCGUUCACAGACGAGUAUGUCACCCAGCAGGACUUAAGAGCCUUCACAGCUCCAGAGGUCCUGGAUGGGGCCUCCUUGACAUCCAUUUCUGACAUAGAGAAGAUGCACAUGUACUCUUUGGGGAUGACGUUAUUCUGGGGAGCGGACUACGAGAUCCCCCAAAGUCAGCCUAUGAAACUGGGGGAACACCUAAACAGUCUACUCCUCAACAUGUGUGAUGAUGUUACAUUGAGUCGAAUGUCGUUGCGCACGGUGCUGGACAUCUGCAGCAAACACAUCAGAAACUCCAGUUGUGACCCUCCCUUCUCCUAUAUCAGAAAACUGGUCCGGUUGGUACUGGGCAGCCUUUCCCAGCUGGAUGGUCUGCUGACUGAUAGGGAGUCGCUUCCAGAGCGCAGUAAGGAGAUUCGGGAGAGGCUGAGGGGAAAAGGCUUGCCCGCAGGGAGGAGUGCCGCCCCCAGGGUUCUGGAGCGCUACAGAGCCAGGACUCAGGAACAAACGUCUCUGAAUCGGGGCCUCAGUCGUUCCAUGGGCUCACUGCCAAUCCAGGACCUUGUGAAGGGGGAUGAGGGGGCAACCCUUCAGUAUCCCCCAACUGAUUACCACGCCAACUCUGAAUCCCCCACAGAACUUUACCCCAAACCCCCCUCACUCCAGCACCAGAGGUCCUAUCCCUAUCUGCACCCCUUUCACCCGCAGCAAAAGGGCCGGCCUGUUGAACUGGACCGAAGGUCUUUACACUUCUUCAGUGGAGAACUGGGGCCUAGUCAGGUCAGGAAGAACUGGGCUUCCUCUGUGGAUUUGGCUUGCAUUGAUCCAGAGGCCCUUCGUUUUGGGGCUUUGGAAGAUGCACGGAGAGGCAGCAGUGCUCUGAGUACCCACUCCAUAGGCAGGCGCAAAUCACCCUUACGGGCAUCCAGGGAUUCUCACUACCCUGAGUUUGGCGGACUGAAGAGUAGGAAGCCUCAUUACCACUCGGCCCUGACUGUAGGCUCGGGCUUCACUGGUGCCUAUGACAGGAUCAAGGAAAGACAGAGGAAACUUCAGGUGCUAAGACAAGCAGUGGAUGACCCAGUCCACACGCACCAGAGGUACCACAGCGAUUACAGCUCAUCCAGUGAAAGCCCCUCAGUGACCUCCUCCGAUCCAGAGUACAGGCAAGCUAAGAAACCAGGCGAAGGGAUGAGGUAUGGCUCCCAGCUGGCACUUUCAUCUGAGCACGACGCCCUUUCACUGACGAGUCGCAACAGACACAGACAAAGUGAGGGGGCAGCGGAUGAAGGUCUGGUUGGAGCCGAGCUGCUCCUCCAGAGGCAGGAGGAGGAGGUGCAGCGGCUCCAGGCCCACCUGGCCAGCAGGCUGUCCAGGGCCAAUCUCUACCCCACAGAUGACCCCUUGGUCCCAUCUUCCAUGCUCGACCUUCAAGACCCUCUUUACACCUCUUCUUUACCGCUCCGCAAAAACAAGAACUUUCACGGACCCGAGUUUGUGAAGAUGGCCAGCGAGCCCUGCGUCCCCUUGUCUGUUCCCUCUUCAAUAAUGAAACGCGGUAAGGUGGACGAAGUGCAGAGGAAGGUGGGCGUGGUGCUGCUGAAUGGCCAAAAGCUGGAGCUGAGCUGUGACAUCAAGGCAGUGUGCAAAGACGUUCUUGAUAUGGUGGUUGCCCACAUCGGGCUGGUGGAGCACCAUCUCUUCGGCCUCGCAUACCUCAGAGAACAUGAGUUUUUCUUCGUCGAACCUGAUGCCAAAUUGUCCAAAGUGGCCCCCGAGGGAUGGAAGGAGGAGCCUAAGAAAAGGAGAUCUGACGUGCCUUUUAACCUUUUUUUACGCAUCAAAUUCUUCCUCGAUGAUGUCAAUCUCAUACAGCAUGCUAUGACCAAACAUCAGUACUACCUUCAGCUGAGGAAAGAUAUCUUGGAGGAAAGGAUGCGGUGUAACACAGAAAACGCCAUGCUGCUGGCUUCACUGGCAUUGCAGGCUGAAUUCAGUGACUACCAACCUGAGCUCCAUGGGAAGACCUACUUCAGAUUGGAGCACUACCUGCCCGUGUCUGUUCUGGAUAAAGUGGACCAGACGACCAUCAAGGAGGAACUGCCCAAACUUCACAGCAACUACUACGGAGCAUCAGAGUCAGAGGCGGAGUUUGAGUUCCUCAAGGUGAGCCAGAGGCUGACAGAGUACGGAGUCCAUUUCCACCGAGUGCUUCCUGAGAAGAGAUCUCAGACGGGCAUCAUGCUGGGUGUCUACUCCAAAGGAGUGCUCAUUUUUGAAGUCCUUAAUGGAAAUCGCACUGCGGUGCUAAGGUUCCCCUGGAGGGAGACGAAGAAGAUUUCCUUUACAAAAAAGAAGAUUUGCCUUCAGAACACAUCCGACGGGAUUAAGCACCUGUUUCAGACAGACAGCAACAAGACGUGUCAGUAUCUGCUACAGCUGUGCUCCGAUCAGCACAAGUUCCAUCUGCAGAUGAAGGCCCGCCAGAACAACCAGGAGCUGCAGGACUUAGAGAACAGCCCUUUGAGCAGUUUGCAGUAUUCCCAUGACCCUCGGAGUGGAGAUGCAGGAGCGAGGACGGUGAGCUCAGGCAGCCUGGCCCCCAGCUUAUCGACGCGCUCCAACCCGGACCACCUGAAGAGGAUCUCGUACUCAGAGGUGGCCCUCAACAAGGCACCCUCCGGCCCAAUAUUCGUCAAAGAUGAGCUUCACUUUCCAGGUUUCAAUCCAGUGGUCUCCACGGUCCUUUCCAAUCCGCGAAUAAUGAGCCGCUCCCACCACAACCUCGGGCAGAUGCCAGAGUCUCCAGAGCACCGAAUGGUGGAGUCAUAUCAUGGCCAGUCGCACAGCGGCUUGAGUCAGCCGCCACCCAACCAAGUGGCCUCUCACUUUCCACAACAUCAGCGAGCCAACUCAGACACCGACUCCCUGUCAAACCAACAGGACAAAUCAUUUGGCACAGCGUCCCACAGCAGCCCAGCCUGGAGCCUCAGCAGGUCCAAAAAAGAAUCUGACUCUUCUUCCAUAGAGGAUACUGGCCAAGCAUACGUAGUGGGUGUCAGUAUGCAUAGUUCCUCUGGUCCGCCUUCAACGCCAGCUUCUGUUAAUGACUCGCUAAAGAAGAAGCUCAACGCACUGCCAUCCCCAGAGCGAGAAAUCACAACUGUACACCUGAAGAAAGAUGUGAAAUAUGGACUGGGUUUUCAGGUUGUAGGAGGGGAGAACUCUGGUCGCACAGACCUCGGGACCAUCAUUAGCUCCAUCACUCCUGGGGGUCCCGCUGAUGUCAAUGGCUGCCUCAAACCUGGUGACCGGCUGAUCUCUGUGAAUGAUCUAAACCUAGAAGGACUCUCUCAUGCCACCACGGUUGAUAUCCUUCAAAAUGCUCCUGAUGAUGUUAAUCUGGUGGUGUCACAGCCCAAAGAGAGGCUCUACAAAGAAUCUCCUUCAGGCUAUGUCCCCUACCCGCCCAAGUCUUCCUUUAACUCUGCCAAGAGACGAGAACUGGACUUUGAUACCUCGUCGGAGGAGCGUGCAGGAACUGGAAGCCCCAGCCCUCCUCUCCACAGUGCUGGCACACUGUCGUCCGCCUCCUCCCCAAUUCACCAGCAUACCAACCUCAGUUCCCAGGACUCUAGGACAAGCAGCGUUGCUAAAAUUAACCAACCCCCUGCUAAUGGAGUUCAGCAGUGCCUAGAGAGAGCUAAAGCUUCUGCUGCAGCUGCAUCUAUUUCCCAGCAUCAUGGACCAGAACCAAACACGAGUUUGGACCCUAUGCCGCCAGCUCUGCCACCCAAAACUAGAAAAGCUAAAGUGUUAGAAGCUCCCAAAGUUUCUGAGCAUUCCGACUGGGGAGACUCAGACAUGGACGAGGAGACUUAUUCCAGUAGUCAAGAGAAAAUGAAGGUCAAAAAGGAAUACAUCAUGGAAAAUUUAAAUGGUAAUGCCCCAGGGGUCAAUAGUCUCCAUCCAGGAGAACUAUUUGACAUUGAGCUGUCCAAAAAAGACAGCAGCCUGGGCAUAAGUGUCACGGGUGGAGUCAACACAACUGUCCGACAUGGAGGCAUCUACGUCAAGGCCAUUAUACCCAAAGGUGCUGCGGAGCUUGACGGGCGGAUACAGAAAGGUGAUCGUGUGGUGGCUGUCAACGGAAAGAGUCUGGAGGGAGCCACUCAUCAACAAGCAGUAGAAGCUCUCCGAGACACCGGACAGACAGUGCACUUGUUGCUGGAGAAGGGUCAUCCGCCUGCAGACAGCAUCCAUGCUCCCCUCACACCUCAGUGCACUCCACCAUAUGCCGGCAGUGACCGCCAUCAGGCCAAGAACAAAGAGCAGUCACUUGAGGUCAAAGACAAGCCAGAGUACAGCUUUCUCACAAAAGAUAAUGUGUUUGAGGUGUGCCUGCUGAAGAACACUUCGGGGCUGGGCUUCAGUUUCAGUCGAGAGGAGAACGUCCCGGACGAACCUCCUGGCUCCAGCAUGGUGCGCGUUAAAAAACUGUUUCCUGGCCAGCCAGCUGCAGAAAGCGGUCGCAUAAAUGUGGGCGACGUCAUCAUGCGUGUCAAUCAAACUCCCCUUAAAGGACUCUCACAACACGAGGUCAUAUCAGCUUUGCGAGGAACAGGACAGGAGGUGACUUUGCUCCUCUGUAGACCCGAGCGUGGCAUUCUUCCUGAGAUGGACACUUCAGCUUUGACACCCAUGCCAUCACCCAGAAAGGAGCCACUGACCCUUGUAGAGCCCAGCCUGAACUUAGGCAGAAUGUCCUCUCCUCCGGGCCCACAAGGUACCAGGAGGCAGGGAACUGUGGAGGAGGCCCUGGAGAGGCUGCUGCUCAAAACUCCGGGGCGACACAACAGCUACAGCGACAGCACUGAUGGGGACGAGGAGGUGGAAGAAGCCUUCAGCCCGAGCACAUUGGAGCACAGCAGGCAAACUUGGGAUCGGAGUGUUUACCAGACGCCCAGUAGCAACCCGGGACUGGGACGCUACGACAGCACCGGUCAACUGGACGACAGCGUUCAGUCGGCUUUCUAUUCUCCAAACUUGUCGAUGACAAGAUCUGACCUCAGCAACAGGUGUCCUUCAUCCCCGGUUGCAACUGAUCUGGAGUCAUCCGGCCUGCCUGUGCUGUCCUCCCCCUCUGCCCCAAGCCCAGACCCCCUGCCUCCCCCGCUGCCUCUGCCCUUAAACCUCACUGUGUCUGGCAACGCACAGGACAUGGAGGAAUUUGUUCCGGAAGUGGAGCUAAAGGUCUCUUUGGUAAAGUCAGAAAAAGGCAGUCUUGGCUUCACCCUCACCAAAGGUAAUGAUCAUGGAUGUUACAUCCAUGACAUCGUCCAGGAUCCAGCCAAAGGAGAUGGAAGGCUCAGGCCUGGGGACCGAAUGAUCACAGUGAACAACACAGACGUGAGCAGCAUGGGCCACACUCAGGUGGUCAAUCUUGUCCGUGCAGCCCCGCGUGUGGUGGACUUGGUGGUAGGGAGGAUCCUCGAGGCUCCCAAACCCCCUAUAGAAGCCCAUCUGCUGCCUGACAUUUGGUUCAAAAGCAACCAAGAGCCACUGGGUUUGCUCCUGGAUGGUGGUAGUGACAGCGUGUAUCGGGUCUUAUACGUAAAAGACAUCCUGCCGGGUUCAUCGGCCUGUGAGGACGGAAGCCUGAGGCCGCUAGAUCUAAUCCACUACAUCAAUGGAGCGCCCACUCAGGACCUGACGCUGAGCGAGAGCACCAGACUGUUGGAGCUCUCCCUCGAUGACCUCACACUCAAGGCCACAAGGGAUGGAAAGCCUGUUUAUCCUGAGCAGAAAAGUGUCUCUUUUCUCAACAACAACAUCAGCCCCAAGGUUUCAUCCAGCCUGAAUGGGUUCCUUAAAGGGGAAGAUUCAAGAGAUGCAGAGAGUCUGUCAGCACUUUGUCCUUUAGAGGAGGAGAUGAUAAAGCUGGACCUGGAGAAGCCGCCGUCCGGAGGUCUGGGAUUCUCCGUAAUCGGAGGGGAAAGGGGGAUAUUUGUAAAAUCCAUCACACCAGGAGGAAUAGCAGAGUCUUCAGGCAAGCUGCAAGUAGGAGACAGGCUGCUGAAAGUGAAUGAAGAAUUAAUGACUGGUGUGUCCCACACCAAAGCUGUCACCACCAUCCGUAAAGCUAAAGGCCCGGUACAUCUUAUCGUAUCGAGACCACCAGACCAGAACCCAAGCACAUACCUGGCCUAUCUACCCAUCAACUCUGAUAAGUGCAACGGGAACACAGAUCUGAGUGAGGACAGUGGAGUGAAGACUAAGCUGUGUACUCCACAUGAUGAGCUGAAGUCUGGCAGAGGUCCUGCCAUACCGCCAAUAGAUUAUGAAGAUGGUCGACUUGAGCAGAAAAGGGACACAGAGCAGAGUGCAGAGCUUUCAGAGGACACAGACUGUGAUGGCUCUUCUUUACCUGAAGACUCUCCUGAGAGUUCCCGGAAAGUGACUUGGCAGGAGGAGAGUGUUGACGAUCCCAUUAAUGAAAACUAUCUGCAAAUGAGUGCUGGGCAGCCAGAGGAAGAUGAAAUCACAUGGGGAAGUGAUGAACUGCCGAUUGAAAACAUGAACUCCAGAUCAAGACACGAUGGACCAAUCAUCACAGAGGACGAGCUGACCUCGUUGCCUCUGGUCAAAGUGGUUCCCGAUGGCCAGUACACAGGGUCAAAGCUCAACACCGUGGUCCGUAUGAUGAGGGGCCUCCUGGAGCAGAAAGUCCCACUGCAGGAGUUUGAAAAUCUUCAGAACCUCCAGCCGCUGGAUGACUGCCUAAUCGGUCAGACGAAGGAGAACAAGAAGAAGAACCGCUACAAGAAUAUUGUUCCCUUCGAUACAACUCGAGUUGUGCUCGGCAAAGACGGGGGCUACAUCAACGCCAACUUCAUUAAGAUGCCAGUGAAGGAUGAGAGCUUCAUGUACAUCGCCUGUCAGGGACCCUUGCCCACCACUCUGGGUGACUUCUGGCAAAUGGUGUGGGAGCAGAAGUCUAAUGUGAUUGCUAUGAUGACCCAGGAGGUGGAAGGGGGCAAAGUGAAAUGCCAGCGGUACUGGCCAGACACACCGAGGACAGCGGAGAUGGUCGACGACCGGUUACAGAUAACACUGGUCAAAGACCAGUAUCUGGACAACUUUGUCAUCCGACUUAUUGAGGUCAAAGACGUCCAGACUAAUGAAACCCAGUUUGUAACUCAUCUGAACUACACCGGAUGGCCCGACCACGGAACACCGUCGCAGCCGGAGCAGCUGCUCACAUUCAUCUCCUACAUGAGGCACGUUCAUCGAUCGGGGCCCAUAAUCACACACUGCAGCGCCGGCAUCGGUCGUUCAGGGACCCUCAUCUGUAUAGACGUCGUACUGGGUCUCAUCAGUAAAGAUGCUGAUUUUGAUAUUUCAGAUGUCGUAAGAAAUAUGAGGCUUCAGCGACAGGGAAUGGUCCAGACAGAGGACCAGUAUAUUUUCUGCUAUCAAGUGAUCCUUUAUGUCCUCAGAUGUCUUCAAGCAGAAGAAAACAUCUCAGGAUAGUAGAAACCACAUCACGUGCAGGAUCGGUGAUUCUUCCACGAGAGCAAAACAGCAACGAGAGCUGACACAGGCAGAAAUUGCCAAAUUACACUAAACGACUUUUUUUUUAAAUGCCUUAAAAUAUUUGGUUCCUUGAGAGUAAAUCCUUAAAGAAGUCUAUAUUUUUAUGUUUGCUUUUUGAGUUCUCUCUCUCUGGCUGCUACUCCCUUUUAAUGCAUUUAUGAGAACUGCUGAUUGUAUUUCUUAUUGUCACCUACAAGAGAACACUAAUGUUGUUGGGUUUGUUUUUUUCCAGAUUCUUGGAUAUUCUAAAAAUAAUUAUGAAAUGAUCAAUGAUUUCAUAUUUUAUGUGGAGCGAUGUCGUUGUAUUUUGAAGCCUAUUUUGAUGCUGGAACAUGCCUUGACAGAAUACUAUGUCAGUAUUUGCUAUGUAAAUCUAUUAUACAGUAAGUGCUCAACUGCCUGAGGUAAAUGAUGAAAUUAAAAGUGUACAUAUUCAUCUCCUGAUAAUUAAACUGGAUACAUUUUAAAUGUUAUGUAGAGGAAAGUUUCAUUUUAAAAGAAAAGAUUCAAAUAUU